UGAAAUUCUGCAGAGUUUUUAUUACAGUAGGAGCUAAUGAAUAAACAAUGAUAUGAUAUCAAUCAUUUUUUUAAAUUUUGUUUACUUGGAACUCUGCAGAGUUUUUAUUACAGUAGGAGCAUGCGUAGUAUACUAAAGAUAAAUGACUCAUCUGAGUUGGGUCGUGAUAAACACCUGAGAUUCGAUGGCUUUGUAUAGUUUGUGCCAAAAAAAAAAGGACGCAUAUAUAAAUAAAUUAGACAUUAAUUAAUAUUACCGAAGUGUAUUUCAACGAUGAAUUAGAAAUUUGAAAGUUUCAAUAUUUCUUGUUUAUUUCACAAUAAGCGUAAAAAUUCGCGUUCUAUCGUGAAAUCAAACAUUCCUCAAUGUACUUUCGUUUUACGGUCACCAUCUUACGACGACGAGACACCGACACCAUCUGGCGACAUUUAAGCGAAAUGAAGUCGAGGUUGAACCUGUUGGUCCUAUAUACAUUUGAUCGUAUCAUUCAUUACUUAUUUGAAACUUCAUCGUUUACGUGGAAUUUAGUUUAACUAUGAGACACAUCGUUGCCCUCGACGUUGGUACAACUACUGUUCGCUGUCAUAUUAUUGACGAAAAUGCAAACACUGUAUCAUCCUCCGCCGAAAAGGUGGAACUCAUUUGUUCAAAACGCGGUUACAGCGAGAUCGACCCUGAUUAUUUUUGGAAUGUUAUAGUAAAAACUGUCAAGGAUACAUUAGAUGGAAGCGGACUCGACCCAAAGUCUUUCACCUGUUUUGGAAUUUCGACGCAGCGUGGAACUUUUAGCUGUUGGAAUUUAUUGACUGGAAGCCAUUAUCAUAAAUUCAUUACAUGGAAGGAUUUAAGAGCGGAUUCUUUAGUUAAAGAAUGGAAUCGUUCAUUAAUAAUAAAAGGUUUACGUAUAGGGGCUUACAUACUGUACCUAUUAACGAGAAGCAAUCGCUUCCUGGCUGGCAGUGUUUGGAAAUUUAUGAAUACUCAGAUAUCCUUACGGUUGCUUUGGGUUUUGCAACAUGUACAAGGCCUAAGAGAAGCUAUGAUGAAUGGCUCUGUAGCAUUUGGCGAUGUUAAUUGCUGGCUUUUAUACAAAUUAACUGGUAAACAUAUAAUAGAUGCUUCAAGCGCAUCUGCUACUGGAUUGUUUGAUCCGUUUACUAUGAAAUGGGCUGCAUGGGCAAUAAAUAUAUUAAAAAUUCCACUUCACAUAUUUCCUAAGAUUGUUGAUACCGCUGCAAACUUCGGGGUUACACCGAAACAUAUAUUUGGCGUUGAAAUACCUAUAUAUUGUUGUAUGGCUGAUCAAUCAGCUUCUUUAUUCGGUUCGGGAUGUUUCAAUCCAGGUGAUAUGAAGAUUACAAUGGGUACAGGAACUUUUGUUAAUGUUAAUAGCGGAGCAAAAGCACAUGCAUCCGUUAGUGGUCUUUAUCCCCUGGUUGGUUGGCGUAUUGAAUCUGAAUUAGUUUACGUUGUAGAAGGUGCAUCGAAUGAUACCGGAAUUCUUAUUGAAUGGGGAAAAACUCUUGAAAUUUAUAAAGAUGUAGCAGAAAUAUCGGAUUUAGCAAAUUCAGUGGAAGACUCGGAUGGAGUAUAUUUUAUACCAGCUUUUACUGGACUCCAGGCUCCAAUAAAUAAUAAUACUGCGGCAGCAGGUUUCUUAGGAUUGAAACCAACGACGAAAAAAGCCCACAUUGUACGAUCGUUAUUAGAAAGUCUUGUAUUUAGAACGUUAUUACUUUUUGAUAGUUUUCGUUCAGAAACUAACUUCACGUUUAACAAAGCACGAAUCGACGGUGGAGUAUCUCGAAAUGAUUUCAUCAUGCAAUUAUUGGCAGAUGUUACGGGUUUGGAAAUAGAGCGACCUGCCAAUAUAGAAAUGUCCAUUUUUGGUGUAGCGAUUUGCGCUGGCUUAUAUUGUGGUAUAUGGAAAAAUAAAGAAGAAUUACAAAAUCUUCGUAAAGUGGAGAAAAUAUUUAAGCCAAACAAAGAUUCGCAAUUACGUUAUAAAAAUACUAUUACCGAAUGGAAACGAGCAGUGGAUCGAUUUAUAAACUGGUAUUGAUACUAAAGAUUUUUAGUCAUACUAUAAAUAUUCAUGCGUAGUGAAAAUCUUGUUAAAAAUAGCUACAUUCCUAAAAUAUAUUGUAAAUAAGAUUAUCUAUAUAGUAUUACGAGUAUCAAGUUUAAAAUACUCUUAAUUUUAAUUGAUAUUUACGUAGGAAUUAAUACAUCGAAUCAUUAAAGAUAUUACAAAAGUCACGAUAUUCUAAUGCAAAAAUUGUAGUAUAAUGAGAGUAGAUGAAAAUCGAUUUUUAAUCAAAAUAAUGUUUUCGAUCUAUCAAGAAUAAUAAUAAUUAAUUAUUUAAUACAUAAUAUGUCACAGCUAUAUAGUAUUUGUUAUAUUAUAUAGAAGUCAUGCUUGUAUGCGAUAAAACAUUCGCGAGUGAUUAGUAUUAUUAAAGUGUUCCUAAGAAAAGUGCCUUUUUAUAUUGUUAAUAUAUUUAGGAGAUCUUUAAUGAUGAUACAAUUUUCAUAUUUUUAAUGGAUACUAAAGUAACAUUUCGUUUAUUAUGUAUAGUUUUUAAAAAUAAAAAUUGUCAUAUAG